CCCGGGAAAGGUUUUGCGUGCACAGAGCUUGUUUGAGCUGCCAAGGCACUAAUAAUGGAUACCCAGAAAGACGUCCAACCUCCAAAGCAGCAGCCGAUGAUAUAUAUUUGUGGAGAGUGUCACACCGAAAAUGAAAUAAAGUCCAGAGAUCCAAUCAGAUGCAGAGAAUGUGGAUAUAGAAUAAUGUACAAGAAAAGGACUAAAAGAUUGGUGGUUUUCGAUGCUCGGUGAAAACGUGAAAUUCAGGAGUGUCUUCGUCAAACAUUUGCCCCACUGAUGAUUCUCUGUGUAGCUUUACGACUACAGCCGUGUACCUAUGGCUUCACUUUAGAAAUGUGAUUGUAUUUUAAUACUUGUAUAAAGGAAGUUUUGGU